AUGGCUUUCGCCGCCGACAACGCUCAACUAAAGGGUAUGUUUCCCGACUUACCGUCACGAAGCUCGAGCCGAUCGUCCCAGAGCACCAGUAUUCCUACGGUAGCUGUCACACCCACGUAUAAGGCCACUUUCAACACGUCGUGGAUAGUCCCCCCCGGUACUUCCAAUCACGAGUCCUCGUCUACAGAUCAGCAUGGCGCGACGAAAGUGAGUGACCGCGGCCCACCGUCGCUGGGGCAUGAAGAGAAGAGGAGGAACAGCCCAACAUUGGCGGCACCGGCAGGAAUCCCUAGGUUGCCUCCGAGCGAGCUGGGACCCGGAGCUUCUGAUCCUGAUCCAGCAUCCUCUGAAAUACUCCGUCAAGUACCAGUCUCACCCUCCCGUGCUGAGUCCGUCGUCCCUUUGCCAAACUUGGUUGAGAUCAGCAGCACCCAGACUCCACAAGCGAAUGACCAUGCUACUGCAGAUGGAAAAAAUGGAGAGAAGCGAUCCUCAAAACGAUUCAGGGACAUCUUUAUACCAUCCGGUAAUGACGCAGGCCGGGUCACACCCACGACUUCCGCCUCCACACCGACGACUCCUCGAUACAAAGCAAUCUUUUCAAAGCACAUAUUCUCAUCAGAGCCACAUGAAGCAGCGGGAAAAAAGCCAAAGGGAAGGGCGAAGAUUUGGUCUGCCUUGAUGCAUCAAAAGUCACCGCGGCCAAGCACAUCACCUUCGGCAGCUACAGACCUUAACUCAGUGGCUGGGGGGGCAUCCGAUCUAGUUAUGCCUCAGACAGCCACAUCAGAGACAUCCUUACACGGGACACAGCCAGGCCGGCCCUCAAAUUAUAAUCCAUCUUUCGAAUCUGUCGAUCCUGGUUCCGAUUCCUCGCACGGAUUCAUUCGCGGUCCUCCUUACGUCGACGCCGCUCCUUUAGGCCCCGACAUGCGUCAACCGCCAGAACAAUCAAACUUUAAAGGAUUUGUGGCCUCCGAUGCACCUCCCUGGGCGAGAAUGGCAUCUUUCCGCGACUCGCCUCUGUCGCACAGGUCUCUGUUCAAGACUUCUCCUGGGAGUGUCAUGUCUGCCAGCACGUUUGCUGAAGGAGACGUACCUGCAAGAAACCCACACAUAUUCCAAUCGUACUCUCCACAAACUGGCGGAGCUCAUAUUUCGGCCAUGGAAAGUGGGAAGCCGUGA